GUUUCCGGGCAAAGCCCCACAUCAUCGCCGAAGGCCAUGUCCUCCUUGGCGCCGCAGGACAAGAAGCGAGAAUAUGCCAGAAAGGCCACACAACGACGAGUUGGGAGUACAUCUCGGAAGGCCCCACCGGUGGAAGAACACCUUGAUAAGUUCGAGGUGAAGAAGGAGAUUGAUAAAUCCACCCGAACUUUCCUGAAAAAUGCCAUGAAGCAGGAUCGCCUAUGUGCGACGUUGGAUGAUGCUGAAAUUGAAUCGAUUUUGAAUACAGUCAAGUUCUACGAGUUUAGCAAGGGCACGCCCAUCAUCCAAGAGGGCAGAUUGGGGACCACGUUUUUUGUGACCCAGUCCGGCUCGAUGGAAGUGAGUGUGAAAAGUAUUGUGUGCAACACCAUUGGCGAAGGAUGUGCCUUCGGAGGAUUGGCCUUACUCUACAACUGCCCGCGCACAGCGACGGUGAAAGCCACAACGGAUAGCCAGGUAUGGGGCGCCAGUGGCAUUGCCUUCAAACAGAUGUUGCAGCAAAAUGCGACCAAGCACCAGGCCGAGACGCUGAAGUUUUUGGAUUCCACGUCCAUCUUCGAGGGCCUCACGAAGAAACAGAAGUUGUGCCUGGCCGAGGCCACCUUUUCGGAAGUCUUUGAGGACAAGGCUCGAGUGGUCACAGCGGGUGAAGAUCAGACUGCCAUAUACUUUGUGAAGAAAGGUGAGCUCACGGAGUACUCCGGCGGAAGCGUCAAAAGUACCGGUGAAUUUGUGGAUGGCUCAGAAGUUCGACGUCUGGGUCAAAAUGAGGGUUUCGGAGAAGCUCAGCUGGUUUCAAAGGAGCCGUUCACCACCACCGUCGUCUCCAAGGGACGUUCUGAGCUCCUCUGUGUCAGCGUGGCGGAGUUGAAGGUGUUGCUGGGCGAAGAUUUAGGCGCGGUGCUGGAGAGAAAUGCCAUCCAGCAGGGUCUGAAAAACUGCCCAUUGAUUUCGCAGUUCACCGCGGGUCAGCGCGCGGAGCUUUUGAAAUUUGUAACUGUGAAAGACUUCGAUGCUGGUGCAGAAGUCGAAGUUGGAGCACGUUUCGUGGUCGUCCUGGAGGGUGCGUUGGCUGGGAAGAUCAAGGAGAAAGAGGUGAAGCUGGGACGUGGCAACUACCUGGAGGAUGAGGCCUUGCUGCACAAAACGUCCAUCGAGACCAAGAGCCUCCAAGCCGGAGAACGCGGGGCGCGGGUUGCCAUCGUGACCCGGGACGGAUUGGCUUCUGCACUGAAAGGCCUGGGCGUCUCCACGGCUGGAAGCGCUGAAGAUGCCAGCGAUUUCACUCGAAAGAUGCUCCUGGCCAAGAAGGUGCACAUCUUCAGACACCUCUCAGAGGAACAGACCAAGAGGGUUGUGGAGUCGUUCGACACCAAGAAGUACGCCAAGGGCGACACGGUGAUCAAGCAGGGUGAGCCGGGCACUUCCUUCUUCGUCAUCGCACAGGGCGAGUUGGAAGUCUUUAUCAAAGAUGCACAGGGGGAGGAGAAACGAGUCCGAAGUAUGGCUAAGAACUCCUACAUUGGUGAACGCGCCUUGCUUUUCCACGAACCUCGUACAGCCACAGUGAAGGUUAUCUCCCAAGAUGCCGAGUUAUGGGCCAUCGAAAAGACAACUUUCGAAAAGAUCAUCGCUGGAAAUAUGCAGCAGCAGCUGAUGAAUCGCAUCAGGUUGCAAGACACGAACUUUGGACUCAAAGACUUGAUCGAAGUGAAGGUCAUUGGUGCAGGUGCAGCCGGUGUGGUACGCUUGGUGGAGCACAAGUCCACACGAACCCGCUAUGCGUUGAAGAAGGUCAAGAAAGGGGAGGAUGGCGAGGUCCCUGAGGAAGUUCAACGAGAAUGUUCGUUGCUGAAAGACAUCGAUCACCCUUUCAUCAUGACGCAAGUGAACACCUUCGAAACUAAGAAAAGUGUCUACAUCCUCACAGAGCUCAUCACAGGAGGUGAGUUGCAUGGUGCCAUCCGCGAAAUCCCGACGGUGCUUUCACGAGCGCAGGCACAGUUCUACACAGGCUCCUUGGUGAUUGUCCUCGAGGAGCUCUCUGAGAGGAAUCUUGUGUACAGAGAUUUAAAGCCUGAAAACGUGAUGUUGGAUGCGCAGGGCUACCUGAAGUUGAUUGAUUUUGGCAUUGCGAAAAAAUUGCCUGAUGGUGAAAGCAAAACUUUCACCAUGAUUGGCACUCCACAUUACAUGGCGCCGGAAGUCAUGCGAGGACAUGGCUAUGGCACCGAGGUGGACCUGUGGUCCAUGGGAGUGAUGCUCUUUGAAUUUGUUUGCGGUUACCUACCUUUCGCAGAUGAUUUGGAUGACCCCACAGAGGUGUGCACUGCGGUGCUAAAGGAUCCACUGCAGUUCCCAUCGAGUUUCAAGGAUGUCAAUGGGAAGACCUUGAUGAAAGGCUUGAUGACCAGACAGCCUCGAAAACGCUUGGGCUCUGGUUUGGGAGGAUGGGAAGACGUGCGCGGAGCGGAGUAUUUCCUACAAGGUCAUGCAGGCGGCUCCUUGUUUGACAAGUUGUUGGGUCGCGAGCUCUCCCCCCCAUGGGUACCUAAGGGCGAGACCUACUGCGACCCCGAUGAGUUGGAGAUUUCACUCAGUGAUGACAACGAGCUCGGAAAAGCUGACGCCUGAGGCAGACGAGUUGGACGAGUUGGCGCAGCGAGGUGGUCCAUGUGACCCGGCUGGGCGAUCACCAGGCGGAGUUUCGCCCAUGGAAA